AUGGACGACUCUAGAUGGCCAACGUUUAUCGUCGAAACUGGUAUGUCGGAGGGUCUACUUCAGCUUGAGAGGGACGUAUUAUGGUGGUUCAAUAAUUCUGGGGGUGAGACACAUUUUGUUCUUUUGAUCAACAUUACCACUUCAAAAGUUAGCUUUUUUUCUCUGGCGACUUUCACCCCGAAUUCACCUUCUCCCCUCUCCUUAGGAUAUAUAGGUAAUUUAAGGCGCACGAAUACGCUCCUUCCGAUGACUAUGACACCCCUUAUCUAUAACAGCCAAUCUGUCUACAAAAAAUCUACGCCUGGCGUCCAGGCGGUAAAGGCAUCCGGCUCGCAGUAUCGGGGCAGUUAA